CCAAUGGCUUUUGGCCAACAUUUAUUCACGGUCGCGUCCGCUGAUUACACACAGUCCGCCAAACAAUUGCAUUGUGAUAUCGUUAGCGCUCCGAAAUACUCAAGUUCCCACUUUGGACCAGAACCAUGUGUCAAACAAUGCGUUGCAUCCUGAUUGUCUGUGUGGCCCUCGCUCUUCUUGCCGCCGGCUGCAGUGUGGAGGCCUCGAACUCCAGACCUCCGCGCAAGAACGAUGUCAAUACCAUGGCCGAUGCCUAUAAGUUCCUGCAGGAUCUGGACACCUACUACGGAGACCGAGCCCGAGUUCGCUUCGGAAAGCGGGGAGGCCUAAUGGAAAUCCUGAGGAAUCGCGAGAUGGACAACUUUAACCUGGGAAAAAGUGCUAACAAUGGAGGAGAAUUGGUCCGCGCUUUGGAUGAGGAGGAAGUGUUCUAAUCCCACUCUAGGCAACCUUGGCAACGUCAGUAACUCAUGAUUAUAUUUAUUAGCAUACGCCUUUUUGGUUUAGAUUGUUUUUCGGGGCAAUAGUUUAACGAGUUGGGAGAAAAAUAGUAGUUGCAGCUACAGAAUUAAGUAUUUACUCUAGUCUUGAUGUUUGUUGAAUAAACGAAUUAUCCAAAAAGUGGUCUUCGUGAUGCUUAAAUUAUAAUAAAGAGUGCAAUGAUCAAA